AUGGAUGUAUUGAAAAAAUUACAAGAACCAAUUCCCCCGUAUAUAUCUGGGACCUUUCCAGCAAUUGCAACCGUAGGAGCAGCACCAUUUAAUAGCUUUAGAGGAAAGCUGUUAUGGAUAUUUCGCACCUUAGGGUGCCCAUUUACCGGGUUGAUGUAUUUUUGCAAUGUAAAAAACGAUAAUCAUUUGGCGAUGUGCGCGUACUGGCUUCCUUCAAAAAAUUUUGAAAAAGAAGAUGGUAAAAAGAUUCUCUAUCGGCCAUUCGGACAAUAUGCUAUGAAAUUAAGUCCUGAAAGCGAACAGUAUAAAAAGAUAGAUGAAUGCGUAGCAAAGUCAUCUGUUCUAGAACGAUUAGGGUCAUUGACAACAGCAUAUUAUAUAUUGAUUGGUACGAUUACCGCCCUAUCUAGAUUGGCGGAAGCAAGAGAAACAAAUCAAUGUAAUCAUUGUACGGAUUGGACAUAUAUACCAAUAUUAUUAUCCUGGACAUUGCCAGCUAUAUAUAUUCGGACAAUCAAAGGCAAAAUAGUAGUUUUUGAUCCGAGUAUAAAAUUAGAAAAUGAAAUAAUCAUUGUAAGUGAACCCUUUGAUGGAAUGAGAUCUGACUCGCGUGCUCACAUUUUGAUCACUGCUUUUGCAUCGAUAACAGUUCCUUGGAUAGCAGUAGUAAUAGGGUAUUUAACACCGCCCGUUUCAUUUGCUUGUAGAUCCAUAUUCCUAACAAUAUUUUGUUCGAUAUGGUCAUUCAACAACACCAUCGCAUAUAUAUCCCAUAUCGUGGGAGAAAAAACUGUUCGAGGACAUUCAGUGAUCCACACCUGGUUUUGUUUUAGUGGUGUUAUAAUAACACUUCUUUUAGUUCUUCUCGGAGUACUAUCUGAUGAUCCAUCACGGUGGAUGGACAAAGUGUCCAACGUGCGCAAUAUGUCAGUCAUUGCACAUGUUGAUCAUGGAAAGUCUACAUUAACCGAUUCAUUGGUUUCUAAGGCUGGUAUUAUCUCUUCAGCAAAAGCUGGAGAAGCACGGUUUACUGACACUCGACAGGAUGAACAAGAUCGAUGUAUCACAAUAAAGUCUACUGCUAUUUCAAUGUAUUUUGAAUUGAAAAAAGAUGACUUGGGUGAUGUAAAACAAAAAACUGAAGGAAAUGAAUUUUUAAUUAAUUUAAUUGAUUCUCCCGGACAUGUUGACUUCUCUUCAGAAGUUACUGCUGCCUUACGUGUUACUGAUGGUGCUUUAGUCGUCGUUGACUGUGUUGAGGGUGUAUGUGUACAGACAGAAACUGUCUUACGUCAGGCUCUCACCGAACGUAUCAAGCCUGUAGUGAUUAUUAACAAAGUUGAUCGUGCAUUAUUAGAAUUACAGCUUACAAAGGAAGAUUUAUAUACUUCAUUCCAACGUACAAUCGAAUCGGUGAAUGUCAUUAUCUCAACUUACUUUGAUAAAACGCUCGGUGAUGUGCAAGUUUAUCCAGAAAAGGGAACAGUCGCUUUUGGUUCAGGUCUUCAUGGUUGGGGUUUCACUCUACGUCAAUUUGCUAGUCGUUAUUCUAAAAAAUUUGGUGUUGACCAAGAAAAGAUGAUGCAAAAACUAUGGGGUGAAAACUAUUUUAAUCCUGCUACCAAGAAAUGGACUACGAAAUCAAAUACACCCGAAGGAAAGAAUCUUGAACGAGCUUUCUGUAUGUUCGUCCUGGAUCCUAUAUUUAAAUUGUUUGACGCUAUCAUGAACUUUAAGAAAGACGAAGCUUCCAAGAUGAUUGAAAAAUUGGACAUACAACUAAAGAGUGAUGAAAGGGAUCUUGAAGGAAAAGCCCUCCUCAAAGUUGUAAUGAGAAAAUUUUUACCUGCUUCAGAUGCUUUACUUGAAAUGAUUGUUAUUCACCUUCCAUCUCCAGUAACUGCUCAAAAAUAUCGAUCUGAAUCGCUAUAUGAAGGUCCUUCCGAUGAUGAAUGUGCUAUUGGAAUUCGAGAUUGUGAUCCCAAUGCACCACUUAUGUUGUAUGUGUCUAAAAUGGUACCGACAUCUGAUAAAGGUCGUUUCUAUGCUUUUGGCCGAGUGUUUUCUGGCACAGUACGAUCUGGUCUUAAAGUUCGUAUUCAAGGUCCUAAUUAUGUACCAGGCAAAAAGGAUGAUUUGUUUGUAAAACCUAUUCAACGGACUAUUCUCAUGAUGGGUCGUUAUGUGGAACCAAUUGAGGAUUGUCCAGCUGGGAACAUUGUUGGUCUUGUUGGAGUUGAUCAAUAUUUACUUAAAUCUGGUACUAUUACCACAUCAGAAACUGCACAUAAUUUGAAAGUUAUGAAAUUCUCUGUAUCUCCGGUAGUGCAAGUUGCUGUGGAAGUAAAAAAUGCUAAUGACUUGCCAAAAUUAGUUGAAGGUUUGAAACGUCUUUCUAAGUCAGAUCCAUGUGUUCAAUGUUCUACCUCCGAAUCCGGUGAACAUAUUGUGGCAGGAGCUGGUGAACUUCACUUGGAAAUUUGUUUAAAAGAUCUAGAAGAAGAUCAUGCCCAGGUCCCGAUAAAGACAGGUGACCCAGUGGUCUCAUAUAGAGAAACAGUUCAGGCCGAAUCGCAAGUAUCUGCCUUGUCUAAAUCUCCAAAUAAACACAACCGUAUAUAUAUGAAGGCCUUGCCAAUUCAAGAAGAACUUUCUCUCGAUAUCGAAAACGGGAAAGUUACCCCACGUGAUGAUUUUAAAAUUCGUGCUCGUACCUUAGCUGAAACUUAUGGGUGGGAUGUAACCGAUGCUCGUAAGAUUUGGUGUUUUGGUCCUGAUACCACAGGACCAAAUUUAUUAGUAGACAUAACAAAGGGGGUACAAUAUCUUAAUGAAAUCAAGGAUUCAUGUGUUGCUGCUUUCCAAUGGGCCACAAAGGAAGGAGUUUGCGCCGAAGAAAAUAUGCGGUCCUGUCGAUUUAAUGUCGUUGAUGUGGUAUUACAUGCUGAUGCAAUUCAUCGUGGUGGUGGUCAAAUUAUUCCUACUUGUCGUCGUGUUAUCUAUGCCGCAAGUUUAUUAGCCACCCCUGGUAUCCAAGAACCUGUUUAUCUUGUCGAAAUUCAAUGUCCUGAAUCCGCAAUGGGUGGUAUUUAUGGUGUACUGAAUAGACGUCGUGGUCAUGUCUUUACGGAAGAACAACGUCCCGGUACUCCAUUGUAUAACAUCAAAGCCUAUUUACCUGUAAAUGAAUCUUUUGGUUUCACCGCAGACUUGAGGUCUAAUACUGGCGGACAAGCUUUCCCACAGGCGGUCUUUGAUCAGUAUAUAUCGUUCCAUUUCUUUAUAUGGCAAUUAAUGAACGGAACACCAUUAGAACCUGGUAAAGUGUACGAUCUCGUUAAGGGAAUAAGGAAAAGAAAGGGUCUUUCAGAAGAAAUCCCUAGUCUCGACAAAUAUAUGGACAAGUUGUGA